CCUGAAAUUAAUCCCCGAAUCCUCAGGUUUUGCUCCAGCUCACAAUAGGGAGGCACUGCGAUAUGGCAAAUCGCAUAUACGGGCCUUCGAGAUGGCAAGCAGCAGCAGGAAUUUCAUGAAUACCCACGACGAAGAAGGCUCCUCAUCUUCAUCGAAAUCGCCGAACGCCCUGCAUCCCCAAACCCACAAUGACGAAAGAGACGAGCUCGACAACUUAUUCGAUGGGGACGACGAUGGCCUCCUUAACGACGACCCGAUGAGCGAGGGGUUGGCGGAGCCUAUGAGCUUCAAGAGGAAACAGAAACAGUCCAUAUUCUCCAAAUCGAGCAGGUUAUUGUCUACUUUGACAGGCAACCGCUUAGGAUCCGUGUCGCCGCGGUCACCUCAUUCUGCCCACUCCGGCACGGCGACGCCUACGAGAUUACAACCGCAGAGUGCCCCUGAGACGCCGAACGUCCCGAAGGAGGGAACCCCGCUUGAUUGGUACGUCGAGGGGCCUGGGAGGAGAGUAGGCUACGAGGAUUUAACUGCGAUUGACUGGAUCUUCGAAUACACGAAAGAGCGACAACGUUUACGAGUACUAUACUCAAGCGCAACUGGUAUUGUAGGAUAUAUACAACAGCUACUAGACUCCAGCCAGAUAUGGGUCAUCCUCGUUCUGACGGGUAUUGCUGUCGGUGCGCUAGCCGCGGGGAUAGAUGUUGCCUCGGACUGGCUAGGAGACAUAAAGACGGGUUAUUGCGCCUCAGGCCCUGAAGGUGGAGCGUUCUACCUAAACAAGCAGUUCUGCUGUUUCGGUUACGACCAAGGCGCCAAAUGCUUAGGAUGGAAACCGUGGGCCGCUGCUCUCGGGAUAGGGUCUGCUGGUGGGAAGUGGUUUAUAGAGUAUUUCUUCUUUUUAUUGCUUUCCGUGGUAUUUGCUUUCUGCGCCGGAUUUUUGGUCAAGGAAUAUGCUAUUUACGCCAAGCAUAGCGGUAUACCCGAAAUAAAGACGGUCUUGGGCGGCUUCGUCAUCCGGCGUUUCCUAGGGGCCUGGACAUUGGUCACGAAAUCUUUAGGACUGUGCCUUGCUGUCGCAUCUGGCAUGUGGCUUGGAAAGGAAGGCCCCUUAGUGCAUGUUGCAUGCUGUUGCGCCAAUCUAUUUAUCAAGUUAUUUCCAAAUAUUAAUACAAAUGAAGCACGAAAACGAGAGGUUCUAUCUGCAGCUGCAGCAUCGGGCAUCUCGGUUGCAUUCGGAUCUCCUAUAGGGGGUGUGCUGUUCAGCCUCGAACAGCUGUCCUACUACUUUCCCGACAAAACCAUGUGGCAGAGUUUCGUAUGUGCCAUGACAGCUGCUGUUGUGUUGCAAGCUUUCGACCCAUUUCGGUCUGGCAAGCUCGUGCUGUACCAGGUCAAAUUCAGCACAGGCUGGCAUGGGUUCGAGGUGAUACCAUUUGCCUUUCUUGGCAUCCUAGGUGGUCUAUACGGCGGACUUUUCAUCAAAGCCAAUAUGUAUGUGGCACAAUGGAAGAAAUCAACAACAUGGCUUCCGGGACCCUUGGUACAAGUAACUGUCGUGGCUCUCUUGACGGCCCUGAUCAAUUACCCCAAUUUUUAUAUGCGAGCGCAAUCCUCAGAGCUCGUAUCUUCGCUCUUCUCCGACUGCGCCCUGGUCCUCGAUGACCCGUUUAGUCUUUGCAAGACGGGCGCUGCAACAGCCGGCACCAUCGUCCUACUCCUAUUCGCCGCCGUCCUCGGCUUUUUCCUCGCGGCUAUCACCUUCGGCCUGCAGAUCCCCGCAGGCAUCAUCCUGCCCUCCAUGGCCAUCGGCGCGCUCUCUGGUCGCGCCGUCGGCAUCAUCAUGGAGAUCUGGCAGCACAACCACCCGGGCUUCUUCGCCUUCAGCACCUGCGACCCCGGCGGGCCGUGCGUGACGCCGGGCGUGUACGCGAUGAUCGGCGCCGCCGCGGCCCUCGCCGGCGUCACGCGCAUGACGGUCUCCAUCGUCGUCAUCAUGUUCGAGCUCACGGGCGCCUUGACCUACGUCCUGCCCAUCAUGGUCGCCGUGAUGCUGGCCAAGUGGGUCGGCGACGCCUUCUCGCGCCGCGAUAUCUACGAGAGCUGGAUCCACUUCAACGAGUACCCGUUCCUGGACUCCGGCGACGAGGGCGGCGGCGCCCAGCACGUCCCCGACAUCCCGGCCUCGCAGAUCAUGACGCGCAUCGAGGACCUCGUCGUGCUGACGGCCACGGGCCACACCAUAGCGAGCCUGCGCGGCGUCCUCGAGACCUGCGACUACCGCGGCUUCCCCGUCGUCAGCGACCCCCGCGACGCGAUUUUGCUCGGGUACAUCAGCCGCGCCGAGCUCACGUUCAACAUCGCGGCCAGCCGGCUCCCGCCCGAGGCCGAGGCCUUCUUCUCGCACCAGCCGCUCGCCGACCCGCACGCGACCCUCGACCUCAGGCCGUGGAUGGACCAGACGCCGCUCACGCUGCCCGCGCGCUCCAGCCUCGCCCUCGCCGUCUCCUACUUCCAGAAGCUGGGCCUCCGAUACGUGCUCUUCAGCGAUAGGGGCGUGCUCCAGGGCCUCCUGACUAAGAAGGACUGCUGGUACGUGCUGAACGGCGCCGAGGAGGCACGGCGUGGCGGCGGGAGGAGUGGGUUGGUUGGGCAGACGCUGCGCGCUGACGGGGAUGGCGCGGAGGGCCAGGAAGAAGGUGUUAUAGCCGCCGACGACGAGCGCGGCGGGUUGUUGAGCGUUGACCCGGAGGGCGCGGUGGAGAGCCCGGCUGAUGAUAGGGCGAGUGGGAUAUUGUAAUACCUAUUGGGUUAUGUUUGGCGGGUUUAGAUAGAUAUAGAUCUAGAAUCUGGAACUUUGAAGUUUCAAAUUUUUUUUAUUACGGGGUGUGGAGUGAGGUAGAGAGAUAUAUGGAUGGCAUGGCAUGGCGGGCGGGUUGGCGUAUGUCCCAGCGUAUAUCUACCUAACUACUAUACACCUAGGUAGUCACUCGUGCUAGCUAUGAAGAUAUACCCACCUACUACUACUAUCUUAUGUUAUUACAUAGUAUAAUAUCGACCCCUUUACUCGUG